AUGUCCAACCAGGAUCUGAAUAUUACAGCAAAGCUCAUCAAUGGAGGUGUGGCAGGACUCGUGGGGGUGACGUGUGUGUUCCCCAUUGACUUGGCCAAGACUCGAUUGCAAAACCAGCAGGGAAACGCCAUCUACAAAGGAAUGAUAGAUUGCCUGAUAAAGACAGCCCGGGCUGAGGGCUUUUUUGGCAUGUACCGAGGGGCUGCAGUGAACUUAACUUUGGUCACCCCUGAAAAGGCCAUCAAGCUAGCAGCCAACGACUUCUUCCGGCAGCUGCUCAUGGAAGAUGGGGUACAGCGGAAUCUGAAGAUGGAGAUGCUAGCUGGGUGUGGAGCUGGAAUGUGCCAGGUGGUGGUGACCUGUCCCAUGGAAAUGCUCAAGAUUCAGCUGCAGGAUGCUGGGCGAGUGGCCGUCCACCAGCAGGGUCCAGCCUCCGCGCCUUCUUCCUCCAGAUCCUACACAACUGGUUCGGCUCCCACCCACAAGCGUCCAUCUGCCACCCUCAUCGCCUGGGAGCUGCUUCGCACUCAAGGCCUGGCUGGCCUCUACAAGGGUCUGGGUGCCACUCUCUUCAGAGAUAUUCCCUUCUCCAUCAUCUACUUCCCACUGUUCGCCAACCUUAACAACCUUGGGUUCAACGAGCUUACAGGGAAGGCCUCCUUUGCUCAUUCCUUCGUGUCAGGCUGCACUGCAGGCUCUAUAGCUGCUAUCGCAGUGACACCCCUAGACGUUUUAAAAACUCGAAUCCAAACCUUGAAGAAAGGUGUGGGUGAGGAAGUCUACAGCGGAAUCACCGACUGUGCCAGGAAAAUCUGGAUUCAGGAGGGACCAUCGGCCUUUAUGAAAGGAGCAGGCUGCCGGGCCCUUGUCAUAGCGCCUCUCUUUGGGAUUGCACAAGGCGUCUACUUCAUUGGCAUAGGAGAGCGCAUCCUAAAGUUUUUUGAGUAGAUAUUGCUGGAUCUGGAGUCCUUCGACUUGCUGCCAUCUCUCUACCUACCCCAUUUUACCUAGACUAGAUGAGGUAAGAGCAAG